GCAAGGGUGGGGAAGAAAGCCGACAGGGGAAAGGAUUUCUUCCCUUUCUUUCCCCAUUCCCCCUUAAGACGAACCAGGAAGCAACCGCAGGAAUCGGGCCACCUUAACAGUAGAGUAAUGGUUUGGCCUCAUGCCAAGUCCCACCUCUGUUCCAGCUCCUGCUCCUCCCCUCUCUCUUCCCGCACUGCUUGGGGAGAGCUGGUGAGCCAGAGUCUGGCCCGAGUUAGCUAGAGCUGUUGCCAUGACAAGCAUUUUCUUAAGAAAGCUCUGCUGUUGAGAUUGUCCAACGCUGGGGGCUGGGAGGGGGGCACGAACUUCCUGGGGAACCAUCCUCUGAAGAGAGCAAGAUCAGAGACACCCGUCCAGCUCUCCUGCACCCUUUUUCUUUCAGGAACCUGAGAGGUCCUUCCCAUUGGAAGGGCAGGGGGAGGAGACCCAGCCCACUACCCGGCCUUAGCCGGAAAGGCAAGAGAGCAAAGCCAGCGUCUCCAGCUUGGUUGCCACACUGGGGAGACUGGUGGGUGGUCACCCCACCCAGCCCCCAUCCAUGGAAACCCAGAGGGAGAGUCCCGCUUGGAGAAACCUGGAUCUUUGCUAGAAAGAGAGAGAUCCAGUUGUCAUCAGUAUCCGGGAAGCUCUCCUCUUCCUCCUCCUGACGCCUCUCUACCACUACAGUUGCUGGUUGUUGCUAAGGUUGCUGCCAUGGUAACAUGCACAUCCUGUUUACACCUUCAUCUGGGCAAGUUGGUCUAAGUAGGAACCUACCUACCCUGGACAACCACUAUCAUCACCACCUGGGGACACCAAUCAACGUGACACGGAGUCCACCUUCCACUCAGUUCCCCCAUUCUCUUCCUCCUCUCACUGCCAGAUUUCAUACAGAAGAAAGGAUCUAGACUUCGGACAGCUACUCGGGUGCUUAUUGCACAAGAUACAUUCGAUUUGUUCCCUCACUGGGCCCCCAGAGAAGCAGGAAGUAGGAAGAAGUUGAGACAGGAAGGCAGGAGACACUGGUCAAUUGAAGGGAAACACUACAUCUUCUCUGGUUGAAGGGCUUGGUAACAGCAGGCAAAAUGACGAACCCAUCAGACCGUGUCUUGCCUGCCAACUCGAUGGCCGAGAGCCGUGAAGGGGACUUUGGCUGCACAGUAAUGGAACUGAGGAAGCUCAUGGAGCUGCGUUCGAGGGAUGCUCUGACCCAGAUUAACGUCCAUUAUGGAGGUGUACAGAAUCUCUGCAGUAGACUGAAAACCUCCCCUGUGGAAGGUCUAUCUGGGAACCCUGCAGAUCUGGAGAAACGUAGGCAGGUGUUUGGACACAACGUGAUCCCCCCUAAAAAGCCCAAGACCUUCUUAGAAUUAGUGUGGGAAGCCCUUCAAGAUGUCACACUCAUCAUCCUGGAGAUUGCAGCCAUCAUCUCCCUGGUCCUGUCCUUUUAUCGCCCCGCUGGUGGAGAAAAUGAACUGUGUGGUCAAGUCGCAACUACCCCAGAAGAUGAAAAUGAGGCACAAGCUGGCUGGAUUGAGGGGGCAGCCAUCCUUUUCUCAGUGAUCAUCGUGGUGUUAGUGACUGCCUUUAAUGACUGGAGCAAAGAGAAGCAAUUCCGGGGGCUGCAGAACCGCAUUGAACAAGAGCAAAAGUUCUCCAUCAUCCGAAAUGGUCAACUCAUCCAGCUCCCUGUGGCUGAGAUUGUGGUUGGUGAUAUUGCCCAAGUCAAAUACGGUGAUCUGCUGCCUGCAGAUGGGAUCCUGAUCCAAGGGAAUGAUCUGAAGAUUGAUGAGAGCUCUCUGACAGGGGAAUCCGACCAUGUCAAGAAGUCCCUGGACAAAGACCCCAUGUUGCUCUCAGGGACCCAUGUCAUGGAAGGUUCUGGCCGGAUGGUGGUGACGGCUGUUGGUGUCAACUCUCAGACUGGAAUCAUCCUUACUCUCUUGGGGGUCAAUGAGGAUGACGAAGGGGAGAAGAAGAAGAAAGGUAAAAAGCAAGGAGUCCCUGAAAAUCGCAACAAAGCAAAGACCCAAGACGGAGUGGCCCUGGAAAUCCAGCCACUCAAUAGCCAGGAGGGAAUCGACAAUGAGGAAAAAGACAAGAAGGCAGUCAAGGUGCCUAAAAAGGAGAAGUCAGUGCUGCAGGGCAAGCUGACUCGCCUGGCUGUUCAGAUUGGGAAAGCUGGUCUGCUCAUGUCUGCUCUCACAGUUUUCAUCCUGAUUCUAUACUUUGUGAUUGACAACUUUGUGAUAAAUCGCAGACCAUGGCUCCCUGAGUGUACUCCAAUCUACAUCCAGUACUUUGUCAAGUUCUUCAUCAUCGGCGUCACUGUACUGGUGGUGGCUGUGCCAGAGGGGCUGCCUCUGGCUGUCACCAUCUCACUGGCCUACUCUGUGAAGAAAAUGAUGAAAGACAAUAACCUGGUGCGGCACUUGGAUGCUUGUGAGACCAUGGGCAAUGCCACCGCCAUCUGCUCUGAUAAGACAGGCACGUUGACCAUGAACCGCAUGACUGUGGUACAGGCUUAUAUUGGGGGCAUCCAUUACCGUCAAAUCCCAAGCCCUGAUGUCUUCCUGCCCAAAGUCCUGGACCUCAUUGUCAAUGGCAUUUCUAUCAACAGCGCUUAUACCUCCAAGAUUCUGCCUCCAGAGAAGGAGGGAGGCCUGCCUCGGCAGGUGGGCAACAAGACCGAGUGUGCCCUGCUAGGCUUUGUCACAGAUCUGAAGCAGGAUUACCAGGCUGUGCGUAAUGAAGUGCCCGAGGAAAAGCUCUACAAGGUGUACACCUUCAACUCAGUGCGCAAGUCAAUGAGCACCGUCAUCAGGAAUCCCAGCGGUGGCUUCCGUAUGUACAGCAAGGGCGCCUCUGAGAUCAUCUUGCGCAAGUGUAAUCGAAUCCUGGACCGGAAAGGGGAAGCAGUGCCAUUCAGGAAUAAAGACAGAGAUGAUAUGAUACGCACUGUCAUCGAGCCCAUGGCCUGUGACGGACUCCGGACUAUCUGCAUAGCUUACCGGGAUUUCAAUGACGCAGAGCCCUCUUGGGACAAUGAGAAUGAGAUCCUCACUGAACUGACCUGUAUCGCAGUGGUGGGCAUUGAGGACCCUGUGCGCCCAGAGGUGCCAGAUGCUAUUGCCAAAUGCAAACAAGCUGGCAUUACUGUCAGAAUGGUGACAGGUGACAACAUCAACACAGCCCGGGCCAUUGCCACCAAAUGUGGCAUUCUGACCCCUGGGGAUGACUUCCUGUGCUUAGAAGGCAAAGAAUUCAACCGGCUCAUCCGCAACGAGAAAGGCGAGGUAGAGCAAGAAAAGCUGGACAAGAUCUGGCCUAAGCUUCGGGUCCUGGCGCGAUCUUCUCCCACUGACAAGCACACCCUGGUGAAAGGCAUCAUUGACAGCACUGUUGGGGAACAGCGGCAGGUCGUGGCUGUCACUGGUGAUGGCACAAAUGACGGACCUGCUCUGAAGAAAGCAGAUGUUGGUUUUGCCAUGGGCAUCGCAGGCACAGAUGUAGCAAAGGAGGCUUCAGACAUCAUCCUAACAGAUGACAACUUCACCAGCAUUGUGAAGGCAGUGAUGUGGGGACGAAACGUCUAUGACAGCAUCUCCAAGUUCCUGCAGUUCCAACUCACUGUCAACGUGGUGGCCGUGAUUGUAGCCUUCACUGGAGCCUGUAUCACUCAGGAUUCCCCACUGAAAGCUGUGCAGAUGUUGUGGGUUAAUCUAAUCAUGGACACUUUUGCUUCAUUGGCCCUGGCCACAGAGCCCCCUACGGAAUCUCUGUUGAAGCGGCGCCCCUAUGGCCGAAAUAAGCCUCUGAUCUCGCGCACUAUGAUGAAGAACAUCUUGGGCCAUGCAUUCUAUCAGCUCCUUGUCAUCUUUAUCCUUGUCUUUGCGGGUGAGAAAUUCUUUGAUAUUGAUAGUGGGAGGAAAGCACCUCUACAUUCACCACCCACCCAGCACUAUACCAUUGUUUUUAACACCUUCGUGCUGAUGCAGCUCUUCAAUGAAAUCAACUCCCGAAAGAUCCAUGGAGAGAAGAAUGUCUUUUCAGGCAUCUACCGCAACAUUAUCUUCUGCUCUGUAGUCUUGGGCACAUUCAUCUGCCAGAUUUUCAUCGUGGAAUUUGGGGGUAAACCCUUCAGUUGUACAAGCCUCAGCCUGUCCCAGUGGUUGUGGUGUCUCUUCAUUGGGAUUGGAGAACUUCUGUGGGGCCAGUUCAUCUCCGCAAUACCUACCCGAUCCCUGAAGUUCCUGAAGGAGGCUGGGCAUGGCACCACCAAAGAGGAGAUCACCAAGGAUGCUGAGGGGCUGGAUGAGAUUGACCAUGCUGAGAUGGAGCUGCGCCGAGGCCAGAUCCUCUGGUUCCGGGGCCUGAACCGUAUCCAGACUCAGAUCGACGUAAUUAACACAUUCCAGACGGGAGCCUCUUUUAAGGGAGUCCUAAGGCGACAGAACAUGGGUCAACACCUUGAUGUAAAACUUGUUCCUAGUUCAUCCUAUAUCAAAGUGGUCAAAGCGUUCCAUAGUUCCCUCCAUGAAACCAUUCAGAAACCCUACAACCAAAACUCCAUCCACAACUUCAUGACCCACCCUGAAUUCGCCAUAGAUGAGGAGUUGCCGCAAACACCACUCCUGGAUGAGGAAGAGGAGGAAAAUCCUGACAAGGCUUCUAAGUUUGGGACUGGGGUGCUCCUGUUGGAUGGUGAGGUCACUCCAUACGCCAAUGCAAACAACAACGCGGUGGAUUGCAACCAAGCGCAGCUCCCACAGUCGGACAGCUCUCUACAGAGCCUAGAGACAUCGGUUUGAAUUUUCUUUCUCUGACUCUCAUCCCUAUUUUCCCUAUUUCCAUUUUCGCCUGUCGCAUCUAUGAGGUGAUGAUGGGACUUUUCAUCGUCAUGUCAACUGCUGUGUAAACAGCAGUGUGUGUGAACCCCCACCUGACCACAAAGAGCACAGACUUGCAAGGAUUUCAACUUAAGUUUGACUUGGGGUUUGUAGCGGAGCCCAGUCAAACCCCAGGCAGGUCAUGGUAGAAUUUACUCCUUGAUAGUCACUUGUCAUUUUUAAAGAAAUGAUGACAAUCCUCUUGGCAUCACCCCACCCCACAUUCUCCCCUGAUGUUCAUCUCCUGAAUUCUGGAUUUAAUCCUAUAAGUCUGUGCCAUUUAUAAGCUAAGUUGAGGGUUCAGAGGGAGACAAAUAUCCCCAAGUGAAAUAUGUUGAGGUAGAGAUGGAAUGUAUAAAAUCCGCCAGUAGUGUGAUUGUUUUUCAAUUCUCCCACUUUGAAAACUUACACCUAAAGGCCUGUAGGCCUCUCUUUCUGCCCUUCCAGUCAAACCUCUCCAAGAUUCUUUUUUGUCUUUUGUCUUCCCUUCCUUUCCUUUUUUUUUUUUUUUUCUUUUUUAAUGAUGAUUAAGAAAAUGGAAAGGAUAUGGGUGAAUUGCAUAAACUUUGAUCCUUCUCCCUUUUGGCCCAAAAGAACCCUUGAUUUAGUUCUAGAAUCCAACCAGUUUCUUUGUUAAAAGGGUCCCUUUGAAGCAAUUAAGUGCUGGUAAGAAUAUUUCUCAGUUGUUGCCAGGUUACCUUCUGCUUUUAAACUGCCAUCUUGUCAGGUAUAUGUGGUUCUUAAGUGCCAGGGAGAUCAGCCUUGCCCAUGGAGGUUGCAUAUGUGUGGUAUAUAGUUUUCACCAUAUGCCUGAGCUUUGUCUUUUCCUAAAGUGGUGGCAAAAGAAUGAACUGGGUACGACCCCGCCUCCUUACUGGGCUUGGAUAUUGAGGACCAGCCGCUGCCAAAUCGAGGACAAGACAGACCAUCAAAGCAGACUUUUGUGAGCUCCUCUUUGGGGUGACCACUGCUUUCAAAGCCAUCUGCCAAGGCUCUCCAGGGCAGGACCUGACAGGUGGGCAAUGAGUGUUCAGAAGCCUUGGGAGAGGCCAAAGAGCCAUUCUAGUAUGAUCUGAGAAAAUCUUCCUGCAGGGGCCAGAAACCUUGAGCUUAGGUGCCUGGGGACCACCUUUGACAUUCUCUCCAGUUUCUAAUUCUAGUUUUAUGCACGUGUCACAACUUUUCCAGUAUCUGAGAAGGUCCCAGCCUUUCUCAAAUAUUCUGAUUUUGAAAAUAUAUAUCCAAAGUGGGAGGCCCCUGUGACAUUUUGCCGACUUACAGGAGCAAAAGACCCCCCAGCACACUCCCCCCUUCCUCCAGCCCCUCUUCAGCCACAUGCUGCAGCUGCUGCCCAGUAAAGCCCUGUGCCUUUUUUUCCCUGAAUACUGCCCAAAGCAUCCGCUUCCCCCCUGACUCUCAGGAGCUGGGGACUUUGCUAGGAGAUUUUUUAAGUGUUCCUUACUGGGACAAGGUGGAGCCACAUUUGCAGGAGCUCCAUUUGUAUCCCUGCUGGUGUUGACUUCUGUGCAGGGGCCAGUUCAUGUUCCUGACUCUCACCUCCCGUUAGAUAAAUUAAGCCCACCCGCCUCUUUCUAGAGUGAUGAGAGUCAAGAAGAGGGGACAUGUGAACAACCAAAUUCCCAUGUGAGAGGAAGAUGACCUGAUCCACCUAGCCUUUUCUUCCGGAUCUGUCCUCCCUCACCCCUUUCACCUGAGCUGUCCACAGUAGGAAACAUAGAGAAACAAUACCCCCUGCAUAUCCCAUGACUACAUAAUCCAUCAUCGCAGGAAAUAGGAAAGCAAAUUUGAUUCUGGUUUUGUAAAACGUACGUGCUUCAAUAAUUCUUUGUGUCUUAAAUACUCAUAGGGAGAAAAAACAGCUCACCCAAGGUGUUAGGUGUUAACAUAUAUAUUCAUCAACUACUUUAGAAGAUUUAAUUCUAUCAAGUCUUGUAUUACCUCAGAUCAUUUUAAAUAGCAAGCCAAUAACGAGGUUUGAAGGCUAUUUUACCAUUCCUGUUUGCAAAAGACUCUCAUGGUGCCUGACAGGUUACUCUUGAGGGCUUGUGUCUACUUUUUAAAAGUCAAUGGUUUUUCUCUUGUGUUCUAGUUUCCAUAAUAGAAGAGAAAAUAUAGAAAUAUAUGCAAAAAUAUAUAGUUUUCUUUAGAUCAGAAACUGAUAUUUUUGAGUCAGCCAUAUGUAUUUUGUUUAAAGGAUUUAAAAUAAAGUGCCGUCAUGUAGCUCUGUGGAAGGGAGCACAUAACCAGCUGUUUGGCAUGACAGGUGACUUAGUAUAUUUGUAAUUGGUUUUAAAACCAAUACACCGUACUUUCUUUCUGCAAACAGCCAUCUUUAUACUUAGGGAAAAAAAUUGUUGGGUUCUAGACUUUUUUAAUAUAAAUUUUGUUGAUAAUGGAAUUAAGUAAGUUUAACUGUCUAUGUGCAUAUGUUUUUUAUAUAAGUUUUUUCUAUUCAGUUUCACUGAUCCAACUGGCAGUGGGUAAAUAUGGCAUAAGUUAAUAAUACUUUUCCCCAAAAUGGUGCUUUGGAUUUGAAAAGGGUCUGAUGGGGAGAAGGAGAACGUAUCAUCCUAGCUUCCUCUCUUAAUAAACCUAGAAAAACGGGUAGUAAACCGUGGAUAGUCAGGAAAACACCCAGCAAGGGACACAGCUGUUAGGAAAUGAAUCCCCCCCGCCGCGCCCCCUCCCCAUGCAGAUGGAUAGACAGACUCUUUCCUGACUUGUCAUUAGGAUUAGGGGCCUCCAUUGGAUUUGUGUUUCUUGAAGAAUAGCUGGUAGAAUGGUACCAAAGACACGAAUAUCUCCUGGUCUGUAGGGAUACUCUGAUUUGGGGUUUGCAUGUUUCAUAGUUUUCAUUUCCGGUUCCCCCGGGGUUUUCCAUUAGUGAGUUUUUGUGCAAGGAUCUUAUUUAUGAUGGCUUCCCUCCCCUAGAAAGAUUUUGUGCAAUAUAUUAAAUGGGGACAGAAUUCUAAAUGAUAAAACAAUGGCUGGUUCUAGCUCUGAGUGACAGUCUUAAAGCUAGGUCCUUCCCAUAGUAUCAUCUGUCCUCUGGAAUGACUCUCCUAUCCCUAAAGGGGUUAAGAGAGAGAUCACCUAGAAAUCCUUCUUGUGGGUUCUUUAGGGUGUGUGUUUCUUCUUCCCCUUGAGCUUCAGAGAGGAGAAUUGGCACGGUUAAAUCUGAAUGGUUACCUCACUGCUGAAAACCCAGAGGGACAUGGCACACUCGCUUGUGCGGAAAAGCCUCUAAAUGCAUCCCUUCCUUUCUUUCCUGCUUCCUUGCCUUACGCUUGAAGCAGCCUGUGGUACCAUCACAAUAUGCAGAGACUUCCUCACCUUUCUUAUCUAGGGACCACCCCCACUGCACUGGCGAGGGUGGGCACUUAUAAAUGCCUGCUAUUGUUAAGCCAUUCCAACCUCUUCCUCUGAAUAGACCAGACGCCCUUUCACUUAGUUCAGUGCCAGUCCUUUCGCCUUCCCAACCCUGCUGUUAGGCCUGCUGUUCCCUUUGCUCUUGAUUAGGAGAGAUGGAAGGAGAUGAGCUCCCAUAACUGAAUUGGCCUUUGGUUCAUGUUUUCUCCCCAUAUGUAUAUAUGCCAUAUGUGAAUAUGCCAUAUAUAUGUGCCAACAAAUCUAUCUAUGUUGUUCUUUUCAAAUUAGCACGAAGAUAGGAAUUUUGAGUUUCUUCUUUUAGUAACUAGUAUAACAAGCACCGGUAUUUUUGUACAAAAAAGAAAAAACAAAACAAGAUUGACUAUUGUGGUCUGCAUGACAUAAACAAACAAAGGGUGGUGAUAUCAAAGCAAUGUAUACCCCAGUGUGUGUUGCCAUAAUUUGCAAUUCAGCUUAACAGCGCACCCAAUCUAUAUUUGCAUUUUGAUAUGAUUUAAGCUCUAUGUACAAGGUUUUGCAUGUAUUUAUAUGGUUCUUAGGAAAAAAAAAUGCUAUAAACUGUCAAAUCUAAAAUUCAAAUGUGUUGUUCCACUGAAACCAGAAGAAGAAGGGGAGUUUUAAAAGGGAUAAUUUUUUGGAACCAAUAAAGCUUUUUGCUGAUGAACAGAAACCAAUACUGCUGUGCACUGAGAAUAAAAACUCAUGCCCACUUGUAA